UUGUCUGUCUCUAAUAAUAAUAUCAUGACAUUCUUACAUUAUUACCAAACAAACAUAUAAUCUUGAAAGUGCAGUUGAUUAGUAUUAAUGAUUGCAUAAUAUUAAUGUGGUUUCCACAAAAACCUAACCAGGGAUUCAACCGGCGUUGCUGCGUUGCCCCAUUGAUAUCUUUUAAGCCUGUUCACAAGGCUGAAACUUUUGAGCGGAUGAGUUACCAAUCAUCAGAAGAAGACACAUAUGAGCUAAAAAGAGCAAGUCCAGAGUGGGGCACCAACACCAACAUGGACUCAGGCUCAACAUCACCCAAGGAACUAGCCACAACAGACCCAAACUCAAAGCAAAAACAGGCACUACCUGCCCAAACCAAGCCCCCAGACCACAGAAAACAAAUGGAUCCAAUCUGGAAACCUGGGUCUAACCACCCGAGCCCAAGGCCAAUACCCCGAACCCAAGAUCCAACAAUGCAAAGACGAGAAGGGAAUCGCAGUGACAGCAUCGAGAGCACGAGUUCAACCCCAUUAAAGCCACAUACAGGAGGGGAUACGCGAUGGGAUGCUAUAAACGCGGUUAAUGCAAGAGAAGCUCCUUUAGGACUAACCCAUUUUAGGCUCUUAAAAAGGUUGGGUUAUGGGGAUAUUGGUAGUGUUUAUUUGGUUGAAUUAAGAGCGAGUAGUGCACAUUUUGCUAUGAAAGUUAUGGAUAAGACAUCUCUUGCUAAUAGGAAUAAGUUGUUUAGGGCUCAAACUGAAAGGGAGAUUCUAGGCUUGCUUGAUCAUCCUUUUUUACCUACUUUGUAUUCUCAUUUCGAAACUGAUAAGUUUUAUUGCUUAGUUAUGGAGUUUUGCAGUGGUGGUAAUCUUCAUUCACUUAGACAAAAGCAGCCUCAAAAGCAUUUUACUGAAGAAGCUGCUAGGUUUUAUGCAUCAGAAGUACUAUUAGCACUAGAGUACCUACACAUGCUUGGCAUAGUGUAUAGAGACUUGAAGCCAGAGAAUGUACUUGUGAGGGAUGAAGGCCACAUUAUGCUCUCAGACUUUGAUCUCUCCCUUCGAUGUUCAGUAAACCCGACCUUGGUGAAGUCUUCCUCGGCUCAUAUUCCUAACAAUGGUAGUGCUGGUGGCGGUGGUGGUAGUGGUAUCCUUGACGAGGAAUCGGCAGUUCAAGGGUGCAUGCAGCCCUCAAGCUUCUUCCCCCGGAUACUACCCAGCAAGAAAAAUCGAAAAUCAAAAUCAGAUUUCGGUCUUUUUGUAAACGGAUCUCUCCCUGAGCUAAUGGCUGAGCCAACCAAUGUUCGGUCAAUGUCCUUUGUCGGGACACAUGAGUACCUCGCCCCAGAGAUCAUCCGGGGUGAGGGGCAUGGUAGUGCUGUGGACUGGUGGACUUUUGGUAUUUUCCUAUAUGAGCUCCUACAUGGGACUACCCCUUUCAAAGGACAAGGCAAUCGUGCCACCCUCUUCAACGUCGUGGGCCAGCCAUUAAGAUUUCCUGACACUCCGAAUGUCAGUAUGGUGGCUCGCGAUCUCAUUCGUGGGCUCCUAAUUAAGGAGCCUCAUAAAAGGAUUGCUUAUAAAAGGGGUGCUACUGAAAUCAAGCAACACCCCUUUUUUGAAGGGGUGAAUUGGGCACUUGUUAGAAGUGCAGCACCUCCUCAUAUUCCCGAGCCUGUAGAUUUUUCCAAAUUUGCUAGUAAAGAAACAACUUCUCCUAACAAGAAGGUUCUAGAAACUUCUAGUGGGAUUGACAGCAACCAGAGUUGUUCCAAUGAUUCUACUUACAUUGAUUUUGAGUAUUUCUAAUCAAUUAUACUGACCUAUACUUUAUCUUAAGAAAAAGCGACUACUUUUUUGUAACAAGGAAGAACUUAAAUUGUAUUAUUGUUUAGAAACAUAAAUCUCUUUCAAUACAAAC